GCAACACGCCGGUUUUUUUAUAAACAUGUCGGAAAGUGGUUGUGCAUGAAUUUGUGAAAACAUUAAUUUAGCUUUAGAGAUUUGAGUUUCAUAAACCUCUGCUUAUUAAUUUUAAGUCAUACUUAUUUUGUGGUAGUGAGUGUAUAGUACAAAAAUGGACGUAAUGUGGUAGAAGUGUUGAAGCUUUGAUUAUAGUUCUAGGAAAGAGAAAAUUUGCAUCCUUUUAUUAUAACAAGUACGGAUCAACAACUAACACGGACUUUUGAAUAACAUCUUUCACAGGAGUAGUAUAUAUUCUGGACGUGUUUCUUUUUAAUACGUAUCGAAAUCCACCUAUUUCUUUGAAUUGGGUCAUUGGUGAGCUUAAAAAUUGUAAAUUAUCGGAUAACGCCAGCCCACAAGAUGGCCGACUGUUAUUCGUAAGAUAAUGUCCGGUGAAUCUGGUUCAUCAGGAAGUGGUACGGGACGAGGCAGAGGAAACGCAGUAGCAGAGAAGCCGGAUUCAAAGGAGAACAAACCGAACCCAAAAAUGUCGAAGGCACUGGGUACUUCAGCGAAGAGGAUUCAGAAAGAGUUGGCGGAAAUCACACUGGACCCACCGCCAAACUGUAGCGCUGGGCCAAAGGGAGACAACUUAUAUGAGUGGGUCUCCACCAUCUUAGGACCACCUGGUUCAGUGUAUGAAGGCGGUGUGUUCUUCCUAGAUAUACACUUCUCACCAGAAUAUCCCUUUAAACCACCUAAGGUGACAUUCCGAACUAGGAUAUACCACUGCAAUAUAAACAGCCAGGGUGUGAUAUGUUUGGACAUACUAAAGGACAACUGGUCGCCCGCGCUCACUAUAUCUAAAGUACUGCUCUCCAUUUGCUCAUUACUGACUGAUUGUAAUCCAGCGGACCCGCUGGUGGGCAGCAUUGCGACGCAGUACCUGCAGAACCGCGAGGAGCACGACCGCAUCGCGCGCCUUUGGACCAAGCGCUACGCGACAUGAUUGUGUUGCCUAGCAACCGUGUCUCCAUCCCCACGCAACGCUUGUACACACCUCCUGUAUGCUCUCGACAUAUCUGCUGCACACGGACGGAAUAUGGGUUAACCUUCUUUAGUAUUAUCCAUGUAAUAUUGUUAGUUAAGUCUGGAUUUUGUGAGCGAACAAAUUUUUAAGGUCUUUCUCAAAACUCUGUCAGAGCUUGGUUGUAGAACCCCUCUUCCGCCCGUGAAUUUAGCUGUGAUUAGAUUAUAAUUUGAUCGUCUUAGGGAUCGCUCGAGUCCGCUCAAUGCAUAUAUGUCGAGAUGCAUUAUUGUAAGGCUUUACGGUAUUUAGUUGCAAUUAAUGUGAAUAAACGCUUGGAUAUGUCCAUUUGUAUAAUUUAGGCGACUUUAAUAUCUAUUAUAUAAUUCUGUGUUAUGUAUUGAAUUGAGUCAAUAUUUGCCGCAAUACAGCGAUGAUCUCAAACGCAACUGCAAAUGAUAACUACUUAAUGAUAAAUAAUUAAUAUGUAUUGGUCUACACUAUCACUAGAUUUUCAGGGUUUAUUUAUGUGAUCAGUCUUAUGUAUGUGAUUUAAUGUUGAUUUAUAUGUGUGAUUGUAUUAAAUUUCAAAAUGAAGAAGGAUAUAAUAAUAUGAAGAUUCUUAUAGCACAAGAAUUUAUAAAUUGUGUAGUGGUGUUGUAUGUAAAUUCAAAAGGUUUCAAUUCCUUGUCCUUAGAAUAAAAAUUUUUUUUGGCUAUUUUUCAGUCAUAACUUUUUUUAAAUUUAAAGGUACAUGAUUACUUUUCUAAUCGGCUCAAUAUCUAGUCUGUAAUUAGAAAAGAAACUUGUGAACUUUUGACUAAUUUGAACAAAAUUUUGAUAGAUGUUUAGGAGAAUUCGCUAUUUCCUUUAGGCAUUAAAAGAGUGAUGAUGAAAUUAAAACUUUACAUUGUGUAAAAUACUAUUAGUUUGAUAUAUCUAAAUACUACUUUGGACAUAGUAUUUAAGGUCUCACGAAAUUAUUCAAUUCUACAUUAAUAAUUACAUUGUGGUCAUGACUAUUUAUUUUUUUAUAGAAAUCAAUAGUUAUAUUUUUGGUCAAAGUGAACAUAUCAUAUUUUUGUUUUGAAAAGAUAUAAAUGUUAAGCUGUUUCGCGGUAUUUACUAUUUAGUGCCAAAUCUGCGCAGAGGCACUCCACUUCAUAGAUCACUGAUCAUUUUCAUGAAUAUUCCGUUUAGUAUGUAAAACAGUUAUUAGUCGUAAGUUAUUUUAUUGUUUAGGUAAUGUAUAAUGUAUGUCUUAACCCUAGUUUUAAAGUAUAGUAACUAGCUAUGUAAUUUUUAGCCAAGCGUAUGUCGCGACUAUGUGAAUGUUGUGGUGAUAGCUAAAGGAAUCGAUAAACUUGUGAUCAUAUUACGAUGUGUGUUUGGUGCUGUGAGUUACAGAUCGCUUCGACAUACGAUACAUGUGAAUACUGAAUACCACACCCGUAUUCGUGACUGGUAUAAUAUUUUGUCAAUGUGAUUUUUUAAUUAUUUUAUAACUGUGACGUAAUGUGUUGCUUGCAAGACAACAGCUGUUAUCGACGCGACUGAUGUUCCUUGAAACUCGAUGUUCAUAAACUCUAAACUCUUAUAAUCAUCUUUUGUUAAAAUUUAUAUCAUGGUAUAAAAUAGGAAAAUAAAAAUGUGUGUAACUAGAACACUUAA